AUAUUUGAAUUGAAAUGCAUCAAUAUAUUUCAUAAAGCACCAUUCUAUUCAUCUUAGUCACAAUAUCGUAAUCAUUUGUAAUUGCUUGGCUCUACGUUACCAUUGUUUACUAGCUUCGCUUUCAUUGCCAUUCUGCAUACAUAAGAUUCAUUAGUUUAUUUCAUCUUCUUGGAUAAACAUUUUCAGCUCAGAUGCCUCUUGUUUUUGUGAUAGGAAUUGAAUAUUUCGAGGAUGUCAUAUGUUUUAUUCUGUUUUUUAAGCUAUGUGCAGUUGUUUCAUAUUACUUGUUACAGGCUUUGGGGUGAACCUGUAAAUCUCCGUGAGCAACAUGAUGCCUUAGAGUUUUUCAAUUCUUUGGUGAACAGUUUAGAUGAGGCUUUAAAAGCUUUAGGACAUCCACCAAUGAUAAGUAAAGUCCUAGGAGGUUCCUUUGCAGAUCAGAAGAUUUGCCAAGGCUGCCCACAUAGGUAUGAGUGUGAAGAAUCUUUUACUACUUUAAAUGUAGAAAUUAGAAAUCACCAAAAUCUUGUUGAUUCUUUGGAACAGUAUAUCAAAGGAGAUUUACUUGAAGGUGAAAAUGCAUAUCAUUGUGAAAAAUGUGAUAAAAAGGUAUGCAGUGAAUAUUUUUCAGAAUUAUGAUUGCAUUUAUGAUGAUCGUCAAUAUUGACCUCUGCCUCUUACUCUGCUUUGUUAUGGUAGUGAAAAGGUAAUGACAGUAAUGACUUAUUUAAAGAUACAUUAAUGAAAUUGAAGGAAAACUGUUGUGCCACUGAUUAAUAACAAACAUUUUCAAUGGGUAGAUGAUUUUAGAAAUCACAACAGAUUAUCACUCUCUUGUCAGAGAAACAGUUAUACAGAUAACUUUCCAUCUUUGUGCUGAAUUAGAUUGCUAUUGAACUGAUACAUAAGAUAUUGAUAGUAGAAAACAUUAUUUUAUACUCAUAGUUACUGUUCAGGUCUAGCAGAUCUGCUGAUUUUAUUUAGUUACAGCAGAUUUUCACAGCACAUGCAGUUUAAACAAGUCUGACUUUUAGAUCCAACCAGCUGACUUCAUCUCUUUGAUGAAAUAACAUGAUGGAACAUCAAAAUAUUACACAGUUAAUACUUUUUUUUCUUGGCCCUGAUGUCUUCUCACUUCCAAAUUGUCAGCGUUGUCUUGUCCUUAAACACUAGAUUGUAUUCUGUAUGGCUUUGGAACGCAAUACUUGGAACAGUUCCUUCUUACCUCUUACCAGUGCUAAUCCACCUUUUAAAAUUAGUGAUACGGGGGGCCAGGGAUUUAGCUUCAGGCUGCCACUGCCUGCCUCACUAGUGCAAGGUCCCACAU